GGAAAUAGUGGUGGCAGGUCAAGUCGGCGACAACGGUGGGGACUGGUUAACGUCGCCGUGCAAGACACACACAAAGCCUUCGGCGCCCCAAUAACACAUACGGAACAGGAAAGUGAUUGAAUGGAGGAACGAAUGAGACUUGAUUCACAUAGUGUUUCGGGAGCAGUCACUUUACCUGUGAACCUCUUUGCAAGACAAGCGGCCAUGUACGGUAUCGACCGCCAAGAUGGCGGCGUCCUUACGGAAACCGCGAUUAGGACGCCGCCAUGUGUCACCUGGAACGUACGGACUCGACCCACUUACGGAAUCAGAUUCCAAGAUGACGGCAUCUGCGUGGAAGUCGCGCAGUAGGUGCUGCCAUGUUGCCUCUAACGCCGAAGCAGCACAAGCUGCCACCGUACGGACUCGACUAACAAGGUGGCCGCGCCCUCGAAAAGCCGCGAUACUGGCGCGGCCAUGUUUCAGCGAACGUACGGACUCGGCCAUCGUACGGACUCGAUGGUCAUGAUGGCGGCGCCUGAGGGACAUUUGGGGUCUCCAGGCGGGCGACCCACUUGUUUGCCGCGGAGCCGACACACGGGGCCUGCGCAAUAGGAGUACGGUGUCCGGGAGGCACGACCAGAAGCGGAAGUAGUAGCGGGCGCCUUUGCAACCGUCGCGGACGCCGCCGAGUGGUCUGUACAGCUUCGCGGAUCGCUGGCGGGGCUCGCGAGCGGGUGUGCCGAGAGCGGAGAUAUGGAGGGAGAUGGUUCAGACCCAGAACCUCCAGAUACUGGGGAGGACAGCAAGUCAGAGAAUGGGGAGAAUGCGCCCAUCUACUGUAUCUGCCGCAAACCAGACAUCAACUGCUUCAUGAUUGGGUGUGAUAACUGCAAUGAGUGGUUUCAUGGGGACUGCAUCCGCAUCACUGAGAAGAUGGCCAAGGCCAUACGGGAGUGGUACUGUCGGGAGUGCCGAGAGAAAGACCCUAAACUGGAAAUUCGCUAUCGGCACAAGAAGUCACGGGAGCGAGACAGCAAUGAGCGGGACGGCAGUGAGCCCCGGGAUGAGGGUGGAGGGCGCAAGAGGCCUGUCCCAGAUCCGGACCUGCAGCGCCGGGCAGGGUCAGGGACAGGGGUUGGGGCCAUGCUUGCUCGGGGCUCUGCUUCGCCCCACAAAUCGUCUCCACAGCCCUUGGUAGCCACACCCAGCCAGCAUCACCAGCAGCAGCAGCAGAUCAAAAGGUCAGCCCGCAUGUGUGGUGAGUGUGAGGCAUGCCGACGCACUGAGGACUGUGGCCACUGUGACUUUUGCCGGGACAUGAAAAAGUUUGGGGGCCCAAACAAGAUCCGGCAGAAGUGCCGGCUGCGUCAGUGCCAGCUGCGGGCCCGGGAAUCGUACAAGUACUUCCCUUCCUCGCUCUCGCCGGUGACACCCUCAGAGUCCCUGCCAAGGCCCCGCCGGCCACUGCCCACCCAACAGCAGCCACAGUCAUCACAGAAGCUGGGGCGCAUCCGUGAAGAUGAGGGAGUAGUGGCAUCAUCAGCCAUCAAGGAGCCACCCGAGGCUACAGCCACACCUGAGCCACUCUCGGAUGAGGACCUACCACUGGACCCUGACCUGUACCAGGACUUCUGUGCAGGGGCCUUUGAUGACCAUGGGCUGCCCUGGAUGAGCGACACAGAAGAGUCCCCAUUCCUGGACCCUGCACUGCGGAAGAGGGCAGUAAAAGUGAAGCACGUGAAGCGUCGGGAGAAGAAGUCUGAGAAGAAGAAGGAGGAGAGAUACAAGCGGCACCGGCAGAAACAGAAGCAUAAGGACAAAUGGAAACACCCAGAGAGGACUGAUGCCAAGGACCCUGCAUCACUACCGCAGUGCCUGGGGCCUGGCUGUGUGCGCCCUGCCCAGCCUGGCUCCAAGUAUUGCUCAGAUGACUGUGGCAUGAAGCUGGCAGCCAACCGCAUCUACGAGAUCCUCCCCCAGCGCAUCCAGCAAUGGCAGCAGAGCCCCUGCAUUGCUGAAGAGCAUGGAAAGAAGCUGCUCGAACGCAUUCGCCGUGAGCAGCAAAGUGCCCGCACCCGCCUCCAGGAAAUGGAGCGCCGAUUCCACGAGCUCGAGUCCAUCAUUGUGCGUGCCAAGCAGCAGGCUGUGCGCGAGGAUGAGGAGAGCAACGAGGGUGACAGUGAUGACACAGACCUGCAAAUCUUCUGCGUCUCCUGUGGGCACCCUAUCAACCCACGUGUUGCCUUGCGCCACAUGGAGCGCUGCUAUGCCAAGUAUGAGAGCCAGACGUCCUUUGGGUCCAUGUACCCCACGCGUAUUGAAGGGGCCACACGACUCUUCUGUGAUGUCUACAACCCUCAGAGCAAAACAUACUGUAAGCGACUCCAGGUGCUAUGUCCUGAGCACUCACGGGACCCCAAAGUGCCAGCCGACGAGGUAUGCGGGUGCCCCCUUGUACGUGAUGUCUUUGAGCUCACAGGUGACUUCUGCCGCCUGCCCAAGCGCCAGUGCAAUCGCCAUUACUGCUGGGAGAAGCUGCGGCGUGCCGAAGUGGACUUGGAGCGCGUGCGUGUGUGGUACAAGCUGGAUGAGCUGUUUGAGCAGGAGCGCAAUGUUCGCACAGCCAUGACAAACCGAGCAGGAUUACUGGCACUGAUGCUGCACCAAACAAUACAGCACGACCCACUCACUACCGACCUGCGCUCCAGUGCUGACCGCUGAGCCUCAUGGACCCAGAACCCUCCCUGCAUUCCAGAUGGGGGAACUGUCGUGCAUCCCACGUGUCCAGUCCUCCAUUCAUCUGUUUCUUUGACUGUCCCUGAGUUUCUCCCUGUGCCCAUGCACCAUUUGACUGCCCAUCUGCCCUUACCGAAGGGUCUCAGAAUUUCCCUCCGUCCUUGUCUCUCCAUUUUCUGUGCCUGGGCUGUGGAGUCUACUCACCUUGCCUCCCCCCCUCCCUGGGUUUUGUUAAUAAAAGUUUGAAGAACCAAGGAAGAUAA